AUGCAUUGCUCGGCUUCCUUUAAUGGUGCUUUGCAUUGGGUGGCUGGUCGGAGGGGGUUAACAAGUGCCAUUGUCGCAUUCGAUCUCACCACCGAGAAAUAUCGAGUGCAUGUGCUUCCGAUUGGAAUUACAUCGUUUUGCGCAUUCGAAUACAAUACACAUUUGGUGGUCUUGGGAGGAUGCCUGUGUGUUUGGGAGGUUAAAGAUGAACAAUUUUUUGACGUUUGGGUGAUGAAAGAGUACGGGGUGGCAGCGAGCAAUUGGACACCGCUUUAUAGGUUGCCGCAGAGUCCGCAACAAACUCCUUCCUACUUCAAGCCUUUAGCCCUCUCAAACAAUGGCGAAGAGGUUUUGAUGGUUUUGAUGCAGAAGUUCGUAGGGAAGUUCUUAGGAAAACUUUAUUGGUAUAACAUAAAAAAGAAGAGAAGCAGGGUUGUUGAGAUUCAGGAAAGGAUCAAAAAAUGCAAGUUAAACAUUCAUGUUGUUGUGGGAAGCCUCCUUCUCCUUGAUGGGGAGCUUGACCAUUGA